GACUGCACCAUUCGCUUAUGGACUUGGCUGCUGGGAAAUCCAGAGCCACUUUGACGAAUCACAAGAAAAGUGUGAGGAGUAUAACAUCGCAUCCAUCACUGUACAUGUUUGCCUCGGCAUCCCCGGACAAUAUUAAACAAUGGAAAUGUCCGGAAGGGAAGUUUAUACAAAACUUGUCCGGCCAUAACGCAAUAGUAAAUUGCCUGGCCGUGAAUGGCGAAGGGGUUUUGGUUUCCGGAGCCGAUAACGGUUCCAUGCACCUUUGGGACUGGAGAACUGGAUACAAUUUCCAACGGCUACAAGCGCCAGUUCAGCCUGGGUCAAUGGACAGCGAAGCCGGUGUCUUCAGCGUUACAUUUGAUGUGUCGGGCAGUCGCAUGAUAACAACCGAAGCUGAUAAAACAAUAAAAGUAUAUAAACAGGACGAUACUGCCGUAAGUAGAUUUUGUAUAAAUAAUAUACUGCGCUCGUUAUACAUUCGAAUAAUAUUGUGUAGUCAUAUGUUUUCGGGACUGUCUGGUUAUUGUUUUUUCGACUUUGCAUUCAUUGUUAUCCGUAUUCCUUUCAGACGGAAGAGACGCAUCCCAUAAACUGGCGGCCUGACAUAAUAAAACGCAGGAAAUACUGAACUCGGAUUUGUGUUUUAACAAACUAUUUUUUACAGUAUUGACUAUUUUGUAUAUAAAUAUUUUUACGUGCUUGACAAAUCCACCGUAUUUCGGCGCGCAUUCGGCGUGAGCAGAGAACGAUAUGUUCCACGGCCAUCUUCAUCUCUACAAUCUGCCCGACACUUCUCGAACUCGAAUUCUCCGCGUGCCGUGUGUUGUAGUCAUCUUCUUUUCUUAGCGUAUUUGUCUUCAAGUUCAUAUAAUUUAGAGUCGAGUUCUGCCAUGGAGUAUGUCUGAAAUAAGAUAUUUAUCGUUAUACAUUUAUACUAUCGAAACUAUGUGUGUAUAUAUAUAUAUAUAUAACACUUACCCUUUUCUGGGUAGAUUUUGAAAGACCUUUCAAGUUAUUAAUGUCGUCUGCUACCUGUAACAAAUACAAAAAUUAUAACUUGAAAAAAGUUAUCUGAGAAAGGUAACGUGAUUUUUAUGUAAUACAAGGCUUUUCAACAACAUGCCACAAAUAAAGUGUAUAUUUCUUCACAGCUC